GUUAGUUGGCGGGCUCAAACCACAUGUUGCCACCUCUGCGCCACCUACUGCCUCCUCGAUUCUUGUCUCUUCUUUUCUUUUUCUUCUUCUUCUUCUUGUGCCCUCCUUCCUUCCCUAGUCUCUACGUUUCAUUCUGUUAACACAGGCAGAAGCUCAGAUUCCAGAAGCUCUAAACAAUGGAAUUAUUGACGGAUCCCUUAUUUUAAUAUAUUGACAUCGAUUAUCGUGCAUCUAUCGGAUCGGUUCGUCAUGGCAUCGGCAGCAGUGAACAAGAUCGAGCGGGCACACCAGAUGUACCGGGAGGGACGGCACUCGGAAGCGCUAGGCUUUUACACCGAGGCCCUUGCCCUGGCCAAAACCAAGCCACAAAUGAUCGCUCUUCAUAGCAACCGGGCCGCUUGUUUUCUCAAACUCCACGAUUUCAACAAGGCUGCAGAAGAAUGCACCUCAGUUCUUGAACUUGAUCACAAUCACAGUGGAGCACUAAUGCUGCGUGCCCAGACACUUGUCACCCUUAAGGAGUAUCACUCGGCACUAUUUGAUGUCAACAGACUCUUGGAUUUGAAUCCAUCAUCAGAAGUUUAUCAAAACCUUCAAGCUCGUUUGAGGACACAAUUGUCACUUGCUCCAAUAGCUGAAUCUGAAGCAGAGCUAGAAGAUGAGGAAGAGUAUACAGAUGAAUCAGAACCAAAUGGAAAUGAAGAAAAGGAACAAUACGAGGAAGAAGAAAAUGCAGUAGUUACAGUAGGAAUAGAUCAGAAAGAGUUUGAUGGGACUCUUAUAAAUGCCGACGUUAAUGUGCCUGAGAUGCAGAGGUCCAAGGAAUCAUAUGAACAGGAAAGGGAGAAAUCCAAGCCUACAAAGAACUCUUUUACUGCUGUAGAGAUUGCCCCUAAAGUGCAGAGCAACAAGGAAUUGUUUGAACAAGAUUCUAAAGGAUGGCAAACAAUUCCAAAACCAAAGGGACACUCAACUCUAGACUACGCAAGGUGGGACAGAGUUGAAGACAAUUCUAGCGAAGAAGAUGAUGAUGAAGAAGAGUCUUGCCCGCAGUAUAAGUUUCGUGUGAAAACCAUUGGUAUGCGACCGGUAAAGUGAGAGAGAGAGAGAGAGAGAGAGAGAGAGAGAGAGAGAGAGAGAGAGAGAAUUAUUUGGGAACCUCCCAUUUGGGGCUAUCAUGUCCAAACUUUGACUGGUAGGAGAGCUUGGCAAUAGAACAGAUGGAUGCAUGAGAAAUGUGUACGAGAGGAUUUUCAUGCCAACCUCCCAUUUCAGUCUGGUUUCUCCUAUUAUGCAGCAAUUCAAAUGCUCUAGUCUAUCAAACAGUGUCGCUUGGAGGGACGGUACCAGCCAUUUUACUGACAACUACUACCAGAAGCCCCAGGUUUAUAUGAAUUCUAGAUCCGCAAUAACGUGCCUAUGUAUAUAAUUUAUAUGGGACGUUCAUAUAUUUAUUUUAUAAUUGAGAAUGCUCAGGAAAGGAAAUGCUUUGUGAUGGUUUGUGUUGUGUCAGCAUCUGCUCUGUUCAAUAUAUAUCAUUUAAUUUCCUGCAACUUCUUGUUCAAAACUGAGCUUAUACUUGGUUGAAAUUAAUUAUGAAUACCUCAGUUAUUUUCUGAAGAUUAA